AUGGCAGACGCAACAACGACUACAAAUCCUGCAGUGGCUGAUGUUGGUGCGGUCGAGGAACCCCUUGAUCUUGUCCGCCUUUCUUUAGAUGAGCGUAUUUAUGUGAAGCUCAGAGGCGAUCGCGAAUUACGCGGUGUCUUGCAUGCAUACGAUGGCCAUUUGAAUAUGGUGUUGGGUGAGGUUGAAGAAACAAUUACCAUUGUGGAUGUCAAUGAAGAUACCUUUGAAGAACUUGUCCGGACUGUGAUCCGUAACUUUGACAUGCUGUUCGUACGUGGUGAUGGUGUUAUUUUGGUAUCUCCUCCUUCGCGCGCAUAAACAGACAUUAUUAAUAACAGUAAUAACAAAAAUAAAAAUAAAAAUAAAAAUAAGGC